GCCCCACGUGUGUCCCGAGCAGGAGCUGACCCUGGUGGGCCGCCGCCAGCCCUGCGUGCAGGCCUUCAGCCGCACGGUGCCCGUGUGGAGGCCAGACUGUGGGUGGCAGGUGUGGUGCAUUGGCCACGAGAGGAGAACCGUCUACUAUAUGGGAUACAGACAGGUGUACACCACAGAGGCCCGGACCGUGUUCAGGUGCUGCCCAGGCUGGACCCAGCAGCCCGGUGAGGAGGGCUGCCUCUCGGCCAAAUGCAGCGCAGGUCUCUGUCUUAAUGGAGGCCGCUGUGUGCCAGGCUCAGUCCAGCUGUACCACUGUCCCCGAGGCUUCCAGGGUCCCCACUGUCAGUACGAUGUGGACGAGUGCCGAGCCCACAACGGCGGCUGCCAGCACCGCUGCGUGAACACCCCAGGCUCCUACCUCUGCGAGUGCAAGCCCGGCUUCCGGCUCCACGCGGAUGGCAGGACCUGCCUGGCCAUCAACUCCUGCUCUCUGGGCAAUGGCGGCUGCCAGCACCACUGCGUUCAGCUUACGGCCACCCGGCACCGCUGCCAGUGCCGGCCCGAGUUCCAGCUCCAGGAGGACGGCAGGCGCUGUGUCCGGAGAAGCCCGUGUGCAGAUGGGAAUGGCGGCUGCAUGCACACGUGCCAGGCUCUUGGGGGCCUCGCCCACUGUGGGUGCCACGCAGGCUAUCGGUUGGCAGCGGAUGGCAAGACCUGUGAAGACAUGGACGAGUGUGCCAUGGGCCUGGCCCAGUGCGCCCACGGCUGCCUCAACACCCCGGGGUCCUUCAGGUGUGUGUGCCGCACGGGCUACGAGCUGGGCGCUGACAGCCGGCAGUGCUACCGCAUCGAGAUGGAGAUCGUGAACAGCUGUGAGACCAACAAUGGCGGCUGCUCCCAUGGCUGCAGCCACACCAGCACGGGGCCCCUCUGCAGCUGCCCCCGUGGCUACGAGCUGGACGCCGAUCAGAGGACCUGCGUGGAUGUGGACGACUGCGCGGAUGCCCCGUGCUGCCAGCAGGUGUGCACCAACAACCCCGGCGGGUACGAGUGCGGCUGCUACGCCGGCUUCCGGCUCAGCCCCGAUGGCUGCGGCUGCGAGGAUGAGGAUGAAUGUGCCUCCAGCCGUGGUGGCUGUGAGCACCACUGUGCCAACCUGGUGGGCUCCUUCCAGUGCUCCUGCGAGGCCGGCUACCGGCUGGACGAGGACCGCAGGGGCUGCACCCCCUUGGGGGAGCCGGCGGUGGACCUGGAUGGCCAGCUACCCUUUGUGCGGCCGCUGCCCCACACGCUGGCACAGCUGGAUGCGCUGCCCCAGCUUUUCCAGGAUGAUGACGUGGGGCCUGAUGAGGACGAGGCGGAGCUGCGUGGGGAGCACACGCUCACGGAGAAGUUCGUCUGCCUGGACAACUCCUUCGGCCACGACUGCAGCUUGACCUGUGAGGACUGCAGGAAUGGAGGGACCUGCCUCCUGGGCCUGGAUGGCUGUGACUGCCCCGAGGGCUGGACGGGGCUCAUCUGCAAUGAGACUUGUCCUCCAGACACCUUCGGGAAGAACUGCAGCUUGUCCUGCAGCUGUCAGAAUGGGGGGACCUGCGAUCCCGUGACGGGGGCCUGCCGUUGUCCCCCAGGUGUCGGUGGAGCCCACUGCGAGGAUGGCUGCCCCAAAGGCUUCUACGGCAAGCACUGUCGCAAGAAAUGCCACUGCGCCAACCGUGGCCGGUGCCACCGCCUCUAUGGGGCCUGUCUCUGCGACCCUGGACUCUAUGGACGCUUCUGCCACCUGGCCUGCCCGCCAUGGGCCUUCGGGCCGGGCUGCUCGGAGGAGUGUCAAUGCGUGCAGCCCAACACGGGGUCCUGCGACAGGAGGGACGGCAGCUGCUCCUGCAAGGCCGGCUUUCAGGGCAAGCGGUGCCAGGCAGAAUGUGAGCCUGGCUAUUUUGGGCUGGGGUGUCAGAAGGUGUGCACCUGCCCACUGGGUGUGGCCUGUGACCCUGUGAGUGGGGAGUGUCGGAAGCAGUGUCCAGCUGGCUUCCAGGGGGAGGACUGUGGUCAAGAGUGCCCUGCAGGGACAUUCGGUGUGAACUGCUCAGGCUCCUGCUCCUGUGGGGGUGCCCCCUGCCACCGCAUCACGGGGCAGUGCCUGUGCCUGCCAGGGAGGACCGGGGAAGACUGUGGCGCAGCUUGCCCUGAAGGCCGCUGGGGGCUCGGCUGCCAGGAGAUCUGCCCCGCAUGCGAGCACGGUGCCCACUGUGACCCUGAGACCGGAGCCUGCUUGUGUCUCCCUGGCUUCACGGGCAGCCGCUGCCAGGACGUGUGUCCAGUGGGCUGGUUUGGACCUGACUGCCAGACAAGGUGCUCUUGUGCCAACGACGGGCAUUGCCAUCCAGCCACUGGACGCUGCAGCUGUGCCCCUGGGUGGACCGGCCUCAGCUGCCAGAGAGCCUGUGAUGGCGGGCACUGGGGACCCGACUGCAGCCACCCCUGCAACUGCAGUGCAGGCCACGGGAGCUGCAACGCUGUCAGCGGCCUAUGCUUGUGCGAGGCUGGCUACGUGGGCCCAAGCUGCGAGCAGCGGUGUCCCCAGGGCCUCUUCGGACCUGGCUGUGAGCAGCAGUGCCAGUGUCAACACGGAGCAGCCUGUGACCACGUCAGUGGGGCCUGCACCUGCCCGGUCGGCUGGAGGGGAACCUUCUGUGAGCGUGCAUGCCCGGCCGGCUUCUUCGGACUAGACUGUCGCAGAGCCUGCAACUGCAGUGCCGGGGCCACCUGCAACGCUGAGAGUGGCUCGUGCCUCUGCCCCGCUGGGCGCCGGGGCCCUCGCUGUGCCCAGACCUGCCCAGCCCUCACCUACGGACACAACUGCAGCCAGACCUGCACCUGCUUUAACGGGGCCUCCUGUGACCCAGUCCAUGGGCAGUGCCGCUGUGCCCCUGGCUGGAUGGGGCCCUCCUGUCUGCAGGCCUGCCCUGCCGGCCUGUUUGGUGACCACUGCCGCCAUUCCUGCCUCUGCCAGAAUGGAGGGACCUGUGACCCUGUCUCUGGCCACUGUAUGUGUCCCGAGGGCUGGGCCGGCCUGGCCUGUGAGGAUGCAUGCCUUCCUGGGCACUUCGGAGCCGGCUGUCAGCAGAGCUGUGGCUGUGUCAAUGGGGGCAUCUGUGACCGGCUCAUGGGCCGCUGCCUCUGCCCGGCAGGCUGGACCGGGGACAAGUGUCAGAGCCCCUGCCCGCAAGGCUGGUUCGGAGAGGCCUGUGCCCAGCGCUGCCGUUGCCCACCUGGCACCACCUGCCACCACGUCACCGGGGGGUGUCGCUGUCCACCUGGUUUCACUGGUUCAGGCUGCGAGCAGGCUUGCCCGCCUGGCACCUUUGGGGAGGACUGUGGUCAGUUGUGCCAGUGUCCCGGUGAGAACCAGGUGUGCCACCCUGCCACGGGGGCCUGUGCGUGUGCUGUUGGCUACCAUGGCCCCACCUGCCAGCAACGAUGCCCGCCUGGGUGGUACGGGCUAGGCUGUGAGCAGCUGUGUGGGUGUCUCAACGGGGGCUCCUGUGAUGCGGCCACGGGAGCCUGCCACUGCCCCGCCGGCUUCCUCGGGGCCGACUGCAGUCUCGCCUGUCCCCAGGGCCGCUCCGGCCCCAACUGCACCCACGUGUGCGACUGUGGGAAGGGAACAUCCUGUGACCCUGUGACUGGCACCUGUAUCUGCCCCCCGGGGAGGACCGGUGUUCGCUGUGAGCAAGGUUGUCCCCAGAACCGCUUUGGUGAGGGCUGUGAGCACACGUGUGCCUGCAGACAUGGGGGCCUGUGCCACACGGCCAACGGCAGCUGCUCCUGCGGCCUGGGCUGGACGGGGCUGCACUGUGAGCUGCCCUGCCCCCCUGGGCGCUACGGAGCUGGCUGCCACCAGGAGUGCGCCUGUCAGAACAAUGGCACCUGUGAGCCCGCCACGGGUGCCUGCCGCUGUGGCCCUGGCUUCUACGGCCCAGCCUGCGAGCACCCCUGCCCCCCCGGCUUCCAUGGUGCCGGCUGCCAGGUCCUGUGUGAGUGUCACCACGGUGCCCCCUGUGAUCCCGUCAGUGGCUGGUGCCUCUGUCCCGCCGGUGUCCACGGCCGGUUCUGUGAGGAGGGGUGUGAGCCGGGCUCAUUCGGAGAGGGCUGCCGCCAGCAGUGUGAAUGCGACGGGGGGGCACCCUGCGACCCUGUCACCGGCCUCUGCCUGUGCCCGCCGGGGCGCUCAGGAGCCAUGUGUGGCCUGGACUGCAGAGAGGGCCACUUUGGGCCUGGCUGUGCCCUGCGCUGUGACUGUGGGGGUGGAGCAGACUGCGACCCUGUUAGCGGACGGUGCCACUGUGUGGACGGCUAUACGGGGCCCACGUGCCGAGAAGGUGGGCCCUCCCAGCUCCCGGAGAGCCUGUCCCCAGCUCAGAGCCCAGUGGCCACACUUCCAGCCUCCAACAGACCAGCACCCCGGCGAGGCGGCAGGACAGUGAGGCACUAGCUCCGUGGGCUCACUGGAGGCCCCGUUCCCUGAGUUCCAGCCUGAGGGGACCCAGGCCUUUGGGGUGCUAAAGAGAGACCUCUUGUGGGCCCAGGACUCCUGGUGCCACCCUUCCUCCAGGGGCCACGGAAGGCUGUGGACAGCCGGGGGUCUUGAGGAGGGAGGAGGACCCGCUCGGCUGGCUCUGUGGAACCUGGGCAAGUACAUCCGCCCUCGGGCCACCCUGGGCCCUGCAAGCCAGCCCUGCUGCGGAAGCCCCGCCCUCCCUACAGCCCUGAAUGGGACUAAGGGCAGGUAUGGCCAGGUGCGGGCAUGGGGCUGCUGCCCUCCGAGCAGGACUUUGGUGCUAGGCCUUGGGGCUGCUACCACUCAGCCGACAGUUUACCUGGAAAUAGCGCCCAGCCUGUAUUUAUGGAAAGGUAUUUAUGGGCGGCUGCACGUGUUGCCGCAGCCCUGGGUGGGGGCCCGCGAUCUCCUGUCCCGUCCCGGGAAGCCCUGGCUCCGGUCUGCAGGGCCCUGAGGGGUCACCAGGCUGUGGGCUCAGGCACCAUGUAAAACCCAGUGAGGUAAAGGAGCCGGUGCUGCCUCAUG